UUCAACUUCCGGUACAAACUUUUGCUGAAUCCAAAAAGUGAAAACUCUAUAAAGACAAGAACAUCUAAUGAAAUAAGUAUGGUGCUUGAGAAGAGGCAGAGAUAUGACCAAACCACUGAACAUGUUUCUAUUAUAUAAGAAAUCAAACCAUGGAAUCAUUGAAGAAGCAUUUUUCUAUGAAUGCAGGAGGUAAAGGAAAUGAAACGGAAACAUCAAAAUCUAAAUUCUUCUUGGACAUGAACAGCUCUUCGUUCAUGUCACAUGUUGUGAAUGGAUAUGAAGGUGUGGUGGAGUACAUUGAUGCAUGGAAGAAGUUUGAUGGGGCUGGUACCCACCUUAUUGAUUCCCUGCAGAGUGCUGUGAAAGGAACAUGUUAUGAGAAUCUUGGACAGGAAACCAGUAAUGCCUUUAAGUCUGUUCACUCCAGUAGUAAUGGCAUUGAUCCAUCAGGAAAGUUGAGAGAGAUGGAAAAUUUACUGUUUGGUCUGAAAAAUCAACUUGAAACAGGAGAUGAGAAUGACAGGUGCCAUUCAAAUUUACAAAUUUUAUGUCGGUGCUUAUUGCUGUUCUUAAAAGUACAGUUAGACUACCAUCAAAUGUGUUCUGCCACGGUUGCCUCAUUACUCAGUGUACUAGUCCAAUCCUACCAGUGUUCAGAAAACAAAGAUAUUUUACUCCAAAUGAGCAACUUAGACAUCAUACCUCCUUCCCCUAGGCAAUCCCCUAGUCGUAAUAACUCUCGUAAAAAACAAAACCAAAGCAGCUACUCACCAAAAUUGCCUACCAAGCAAAAUACUCUAAAAUCAUCAUUUCUCUCACUCUUUGAAAGGAAGAAUUCACCAGAUGAAAGUAGCAGUGGAACUGCUUUUUAUGUGGACAUAAGUAAAAACGAUCAAAGUGAUGGACCAACUAAAGAUAACCAGAAAGUGCUAAAUAAAGAUGUAGUUGUUGACAGUAUUGAAGAGCCACAUAGUGAGCCUAGGGGAGAUGUUCAGACAGGGAUUCUGGUACAAAUAGGACCAGAUCCAACUGAUGAAGAACCACCAGAGACCAGUUUAAUGAAACCAGUUAGUCCAGAUCAUAAUAUAGUAAAACAGACAUCAAGCAUAACACCUUUAGCAUCUGCUGAAGAAUUAGAUAGUGUUAUCAACUUAUUGUCUGCAUGUGGAACCCAGCCAAAACACAUGGAAACCAUCCAUGAAAACCAACUUACUGUGCCAAGUAUUUACACAUCACGCACACCCUCUCCUGGGAGUGAUGAAAUGAGGCCAAGCAAAGUUCAACCACAGAGGCACUCAGAAGGAUCUCUGGAUUUUUCUGGAAUGGGAGGAGUUGGUCGUAACACCUGGCCUCAUCGCUCAAGCUUGCCUAGUGUAGCAUUGAGUGGCCAUAUGAAUUAUCAUGAUGUGAUGGGUACUGGGGGUACAUUACCAAGAAGGUUUUCACAUGAACUGAACCGUCCUAAUCCAAACUUUCUAAGUCCACAGCCAUCUACCAAUGCAUUAACUGGUUCUAACUGGUCAUUCCCAGAUUAUAAAUAUGGAAACAGGACCUGGCCAAUGAACAGCAUGUCUGCACAAUGCUCAGAUACUUUAAACAGUCUAAAUAGUAGCUGGUCUGCUAUACAGGACUCUGACGAUCUCAGUGACGAUUCUUCCUGCGGAGAACAGUUUUUUGCUGUAGGGCUGGACCUUGUACAUGCAAUGGAUUCAAAGAAUGAAAGUAGUGACGAAGAAACAGACAAAAACAUGAAGAAUACAGAUGAACAAAAUGUUGACAUCUUGUCAUCAGUAUCAUGGUCUCAGAAACAGUCAUGGCCAUCAUCCAAUCAGACUGCAGCUGUAUCACCAUGUGACCAAGGGAGAAACCAAUCACAUCGUCCAUUAUCUAUGCAGUGGAGUGACCCCCUUGCCAAUAGAAACAUGUGGCCUUCUGCACCAGGACUCCAGAAUGUUCAGAAUAUACCUGGCUUUGGACACUUACAAUAAAGAAAAGAAACAGGGUACCAGUUUAAAAUGGAUUCCUAAUGGUCACAGAUUAUUACAACACAGUAUUGCUAUUGUAGUCUAUAACUUUCAUAUAAGGAAUUGUAUCAAGCCACUUUUUUUAAUUCUUAUUAUUUAUCUGAUAUUUACAAUACAGUAUAAACUCAUCAAUUAUUAUUUCAGUGAAUAUGGGACGCUGAUUAUUUUUUUUAUU